AUGCAACAGCGUUCCAUCAGUCCUGGUCGUGGUCGCGUGGUACCGAGAGGACAAUUAACGCGGUCAGCGAGGGGCAGUACAAUUUCAUGCAGCAGCCCUCAGAGACCGCAAGCAGUUGUGAAUGAAUUACACCGCCGUGAUGGAACAAAUCCCACUACUGACCGGGGCCGCCAAAUUGCUGAAGAGGUGGAUGAACUAAUGAAUGAAGUGUAUGGAGGAACGGCCCAUCAACCACCUCCCGAAUCUCUGCAGCGGCAUGCGGAGGGCGGCAACCUCUUGGCUCGCUAUAAGACAUCCAUCCUUGCUUCUGCUUUACCAACUUCAUGGCAGCGAGGACCUUCAGACCCCGCAGGUUUGUGCUUUGAUGCCAGUGACCGUAACUUGUUGUGUAUGGAUGUUUAUGAAAAGAGGGGUCUUUGUGUCGUGGGUUCCGCGGAUCAUGGACUCAAGGUAUUUGACCUCGCCACUGGAGCAGAAAAGCGAAAUCUGUACACAAAAAAGUACGGUCACACCGAGUGGGUAACGUGUUGCAAAUUUCUACCAGACAGCGGCAAGAUUCUUUCGGGUGGGAUGGAUAGUAAACUCUGUUUAUGGGAGGCUUCCGGUCCCGCUCGUUGUACUGAUUUAACUGGUCAUACUGGAAGCAUCAGCCAGGUGGAAGUGUGUGGCAAUAACGGAUUUGCUCUGAGCAGUAGCUAUGAUCGGACGCUGCGACUGUGGGAUUGUGGAGCUGGUGGGCGGUGUAUUGCAACGUUUGCCGGUCACAAAGCCCCUGUGAUGAUGUUUUCGUGGUGCGGGACGCAAUUACUUUCAGGUGAUCGCCAAGGGACUGCUAAAAUGUGGGAUGUGGAGAGCGGCGAGUGCCUUGCGACAAUGGCCACGAAGCGUGGGCAAAUAGGUUCGCUAUGGCAUACACUUCACACGAGUGUGGGAUUACUUUCUGCUAUUGGGGAUCAGGGUGGGGUUUUAACCGUCAUGGAUUUCCCCCGUACCGGCAGUCGGCCCAUAUUCCAAGGUGAGCUUCACCCGGGUGGUGUAAUAAGCAGCAUUCGCUCGGUAGAUGAAACUCCAUAUUUGAUUACUGCCGGAGCGGAUAAGGUCAUCCUCACGCUCGAUCCGCGUGCUGGUUUUGCAGUGGUUCAUAACUUCACUGAUCACCGUGAUUUCAUUUACUCGAUGGAGACAUUUGGUCCGUUGGUAUUAUCUGGUGGUGGAAAUGGUUGGUUGCUGGUACAUAAUGUGUUGGAUGGUAAAUGUUGCUAUGGGCUGGGCGCUAAUGGGGCAGCUGUGCGUGAAAUACGUACAACAUCGGAGUAUCUGGUGGCGGCAGGGGAUGAUGGCAAAGCUAUGGUUUAUAGGUUUAACUGA